AUGGUUAGUGGUCCCGUAGAUCCUACCGCACCCCAAACGAUUCCUGUUGGCAAUGGCAAGAAUCCCGAAAAUGCUGGCCCUCAAACCUCAGGGAACUGUAAGCAACCAGAAGGAGCUGGCCCAGUAGGAGGAAAUGGAGGAAAAGAACCGGAAGACGCCGGCCCAGUGUAUGGAAAUAGUGGUAGGCGACCGGUAGGAGCUGCUCCAGUAGGAGGGAAUGGUGGGAAUCAACCUCCCCGGAACCCACCAAGAGGAAACCUUGGGGGAGACCCAGAACCUUCCGACGACGAUGACGACGAUAACAGUGAAUGGUCGCAUGGUAGGAAGAACUGGAGAGUGAACCGAGGUGGGAACCGAAAUUCGGCGCCGCCAGAGGACGAGGAUAUGGUAGAUUCGCUCGCCAAAAUACCCUUUGAGUUCGAUAAUGCCAGAAAGCAUAACCUGUGGCAUUGGCUCAUGGAGUGCGAGAUCUACUUCGAGCAGAAGCCAAAGAAGUUCCGAACGGAUAGGAACAAGGUACUGUUCGCUGGAACGUAUACGUGUGGGUUGGCAAAGGAAUGGUUCAUGGAAUAUAUCGAAACCAAAAUCUUGGGCCCGGCAGCUGCAGACUACGCCACUUGGACCCAGUUUCGCCAGGAAGUCAGGAAACGUUUCCUAAGCACUCAGGAAGCUAUGGAAAAUGCGAUGAAGAUGCAGCAGUUUAAGUACUCUGCUAACAUCGGCGACUACUUGACAAGGAUGGAGAUCAUGAACCAACAUGCUCAGAUCAAAGGAGCAUCCUACCGCGCCGCCUUGCUCCAAGGGCUCCCGAAUGAAAUCCGGGAACGCCAUUCACGCUUCGAUCCAACCGAUGACGACUCCGAGUACAUCCAACAGUUGGAACGAGCCGGCAAGGCUCACGAGGCUUAUCAAGAGCAAAUGAAGAUGUUGGGGAAAGCGGAGUCGAGAGGAAGGGAGUCGAACAAUGGUGGGAACUCGCGGCAAAAGGACAAGGGGUUUAAGAUCAAAGGGAGGGCUCAAGGUGAGGAGAAAGAAAAGGAGCAAACAAAGAAGAACACCAGCACGAAGAAGUCCGGGAAUAAGCUAGUAUUCCACGACUAUGACGAAGCCACCAAAGGAGUCCUAAAAGCGGUCCUGGACCAGCGAAAGACUGAUGGUGUCUGUGUGCGAUGUGGCCGGAAAGGUCACCUCUGGAAAUUGUGUCGCUCGGAUGCUAACAGCAGUGCAUCCAUCUCCUCCUUCUCCCGUAAGCGUACCCGCGAUGACGAUGGCGACCACGAUAUGGAACCACCAGAACCCCAACCUCAGAGAAAGCGAAUGAGGCACCGAGUAAAGAAGCCGGCUGCUGCUGCUGCGGCGGAGUACACCAGUGGGCAAGCGUUUGUGCGAGAAUGUGGAUCAGAAUCUGAGAUGGAUUUCGAUGAGGAUUUUUAG